AUGAGCAUUUGCCGAAUCAUCGGCAACGUCAAAAUUAGCAAACAGGGCGUGCAGGCGACGGACUGGGUUAGUGUUGGCGGCCACAGUGGUCUUGAAGAUUUCUUUCUGACGCUUAAAGGAUUUGAGACCGCGAUCUUCUUGAAACUCUUUGCGCAUGCGUCGUUUGCCGCGAACCGGAGACGCAAGCUGCAUUCCAACAGUGACACGACCCAGUGUUUCGAUCUGAAUAGACAGAGCGCCGACGACUCGCGUAGCAUCUUCGUCGCUGGCUUCGUGCAGAAGUGGCCGGAGUGA